AUGAAUGCUUCUCGACAUUCAAAUCGCGGCGGCCAGCCCUCUCAACGAGGCAGAGGCCGCGGUGGUCGUCGUACAGGCGGGUUUAAUGAUAGGCGUGAUUUGCACCCGGUACCAAGCAUUCAACAAGUUAUUCCUGGAGCAGCCGUUUCGAUCGUAUUGAAAAUCGACCAAGGAAGUGGCCGUGAAAUUCAAGGAACUGCCGCCGAUAUCUUGACUUCAGGCAAUCACCCUAGAGGUAUUAAGGUGCGCCUACAAGAUGGAAGGGUUGGCCGAGUACAGCGAAUGGUCAGCGAGCACGAGGCAAAAGCGGCAUCGGCAGGGUUGAAUGGUUUAGGGAGGAACGGCGAGAGCGAAAGAGGCGGUGGUCAAGUGACAGUCAGCGCGAGAGCAACUCCCAUGCCCAGCAGAUAUAGCGAUUUCCGCUUAGAUGCUCCGGACGAGCCACCAGCCGCGGAGCUGUCUCUUUCAGACUAUGUGGUAGUAAAAACGAAGCCAGCAAAGAAAGGAAAAGGGAAGAAAAAGAACGAGGCGACCGAUGGCCGAAAUGGGGAGGCAGAGGCAGAGGCAGGAUUGACCGUGGAAUCCUCGACAAGUAAAUGCCCGGUCUGUGGCGAAUUUGAAGGCGAUGAAGUUGCCGUUGCGCAUCAUGUCAAUGAGCAUUUUGAUUGA